AUGGAAUCAAUAAGAUAGCAUUUUAUUCCCAUCAAGGAAAUAAGCCAAAAUUUAUGUUGUAAAAUUUGUACAUAUGUUGCCAUAAAUGCUGUUGAAUGUUAAAUAUGCGAGUAACUCUAUUGUGAAGAUUGUGCAAAACUUUGGUAGCGUAAAAAGGAUUAGUAUAAAUAUGUAUCAAUAUUGUUAGGUGUCCUGAUUGUAAAGGGGAGUUCAAGGUUAAGCAGCCUCAUAGACUGAUUAGAGAAGAACUCUCAAAAUUGACAUUCUCUUGCAAAAAUGAUGCUCAGGGUUGUAAGGCUCCGAUUUUAAUGAAUGAUGUGCUUCGACAUGCUGAGGAAUGUUAAUUUAAGAAUGUUAAAUGUCCUUGUGGAUGGAGUGGACCUUAAUUGAAAUAAAAAUAACAUGUAAAUGUGAUAUCUAUUUUUAAGGAACAAACUUGUUAAUAGUUUGCAACAAAGUAAUGCAAUAUUUGUAAGGAAGAUAUCAAGUUGGUUAAAUUUCAAACUCAUAAUUGUUUUUUGGAACUCAAAUAGCAAUUCGAAAAGAUUACAGAAAAAUUCUAUGAAUAUAAAGAAAGCUCAGAAUAUUCAAUUAAGGAUUUAAAAAAUCAUGCAAGCAAAGAAACUAAUGAAUUGUAGAGUGUAAAGUAGUAAAUCAAGGGGAUAAUACAAGAGAAUAAUGAAAUAAGGAAAUAGAUGACAGAUUUGACAUAGUUAUUAAAAAACUAAGAAUAAUAAUUUAAAUAAGUUAUAGAAUCAACAUAACAACAAUAAUAACAAGGACCAUUCUUAACAUAAGGGAAAUUGGUAGAAUCACGACAAUUUCAAUGUAGUAAAAAUCACUUGAUCUAAUAUUGGAUGAAUCCCAAUGGAGAAGAAAAGACCAAGAAGUGUUUUAAAUGUCAAAGAACUUAGGUAAAUUGUAGAUAUUGUUGUCCCAUAUGUUGCUUUUUUGUUUGCUUAAAGUGUUAGGAGCCUGAGUUAACAAAGAAUCCUCAUGAAAAUUCAGUACUCUGUCCUGCAAGACAUAAGGUAACGAAAAAGAUUAUGGGUUUGAAAUGCACUGUUUGUGAUAAAACCUCGUCAUAAAUGAAAUAACCAGGAGGUGCUGAUUGUACAGAAUGUGAUUUCGCUAUUUGCUUUGAAUGUCUAGAAAAUGAAAGAUAUAAAGGGAGAGUUCAAUAAUGUCCAGUCCAAUGAAAAUUUAAAUGAAUAUUUUUAACUAAUUUAAGGUUUA